AUGCCCUCGCCGACCUCCCGGGACCUCGGCGGGCUGCAGCAGAGCUUCGACGAGGCGGCCCGCGGCAGUCACUGCCGCGUGCUGGCCGUGUGCGAGCCGGGCCCGGCUCGCCGGUUCCGCUCCAAGGCUGUGCGCGCGGGCGGUAUUGUCGGCGAGGACGAUGUCCUGCGCCCUGGGUGCUGGGAGAUCGAGCGGCUGCGCCGCGGCCGGCUGCUGCCGUGGCGUCGGGGGCUGCGGCCGCGUUGCUUGGGCGCGAUCGCGCCUCAUGCCAUCGAUGGUGCGGUAUUUCGGCCGCCCGCUUGGCUGCAGCUCCCCACACUGGCGCUACGCGACGAUGGAGAGGCUGCUGCGCGCCAAGGACGCGUGCCUGUGGCGCCUGGAGGUCGAGCGGCGGCAGCUCCUCGGCGACGCCCAGAGCUCCGCCGCAUGGGCCCAGCACCUCCGGGCUGCCAUGGACCGCUACAGCGAGGAGCUGGCCUACUCCUGCUACUUUUGCGCCGAGCCGUUCUCCGUGGAGGCCGCAAACAUGCGCUGCCUCUACAACACGGGCGCGUCGCCGAGAUUCGGGCGGCCGCUGGUCCCGGACCCGCGGGUACCCGCGCAGCUGUGGGGCGAGCGGGUGCACUUUUGG